AUGCUACGAAUAACUCCCCUUUUUGUACUCUCCAUUUUAUUCUGUUUUUUUCUUUUCUCCUGGCAAAAUGCAUUAACAAUCGAUGACGACAAAAAUAAAAGGGCUACCUUGUUGGCUUUGCUAAAAAGCACCUUUAUUGAUAAUACGGAAAAUAAAAAUGCAGACGACAUACAAGGUGCAUUAGAAAAUAUAAACAAUAUGACCUUGCACCCCACAGAUACAGAAAAGUUUGAUAAAUUUUUGGAUCACUUUUUUAAAUUUUAUAGCAUUUAUGUAACUUUCAAUGAUGUGGACAAAAGGGUGUUACACCUCUCUGGGGUUUUAAAUGAAGUGUACGUGGACGUAGAGUCCCUCAGCAAGGAAAACCUGCAGAAACAUUUUGAGAGUGUUUACGAGAAGGGACUCAAUUUGAUUAAUUUAAUCUUGCAUAGUAAUUUGGUGCAUCCCAAAUAUGAUGACACGGUGGUGCAGGGGGUGGACUGGGGGGAAGAUGAACACACGGAUGACUCCACACAAGACGGCUACCCUCAGGAGAAGGACGACCCCGCUGAGAACAACGCCCCUUACGACACCCAGGAGUUUCAAGAACCCACCCAUUAUGAUCAAAGCGAAAAGUACGAGGUGACGCCUGAAUAUCCUCAUCACUACGACGAAGGUGUCAAUGAAGAAUACCCGGAGGAUGUGGAUUACGAAAAUGGUGAGGAAUACGAUGCGCCAGAGGAUCCGGGUGAGCACGAUCACCACCAUGAGGACAAUCACGAUGAGCACUACGAUGAGGACCAUCAUCACCAUGAAGACCAUCACGAUGUACAAUACGAAUACGACGAACACAACCACCCGGACAAUCACCACCAUCAAGAUGGGGAAUACGAAUACGACGAACAAAGCCACCACGAUAACCCAGACCAUCACCACCAUCACGAUGGGCAGUACGAAUACGACGAAAAAAGCCACCACGAUAACCCGGACCAUCACCACCAUCACGAUGGGCAGUAUGAGUACGACAAAUACUACCAAGACGACGCACACGACGAACCCUACUAUGACGACCAUCACUAUGUGGAAAACAAAAAGAAAAUCAAAAUCGUAGGAAAAAAACUCAAAAACUUGCUAGCCAUGAAAAACAUCAAACUAAAUAACAACUCCAAUGGAGAACUUAAAGUGAAUUUCUAUACAAACUACAUGAAUUACUUUAACACCCCAUACGCUGCACCCCCAUUUCCUUUUCAUAACAACAUCUUCGAAUAUGCCGAGGUGUGUUCAGAUGAUAAGAACUGCCCAUACAACUACUAUGAUGACAAGAUUUACUAUGACGGUGAGAAGGAGUAUAAACCAGCACAUGAAAAAUGGGACAUGCAGAGGGGGGCACACCAGGAAGGGUCAUACGAUGUAUACAAAUACGCAAUGAAGGAAAUGUACGACAACAUUAAAAAGAAGUCAGGCAGAAAGGGAAGUAAAAAUAAAUGCUGGGGGAAAAAAAAGACUGGAAAAUAUCAAAUAAAGGAAGGAAGCAAUGGGGAUAAUGACGACGAUGAUGAAGACCCAGACGAAGAUGAGCAACUGCAGCAUCAGCUACCUUACCAAGGAUAUGAACCAAACAAUAAGUCUAAAUAUGACCAUAAGGAUAAAAAAAUUCAUGGACAAAACGUUGAUGAUGAGGAAACAACUGACAAGGCACCAACAGAAAAUGAAAAAAAAGGCAUCGAUUUUUCUUAUACCUAUUACAACCCGUAUUACAUGUUCAAACUGGGAAGCAACACGCCAACCGCCAAGGGCGUGCAACUGGAAGGGGGAAAAGGCGAUAAGGACGAGGAAGAAGAAUCGGAAGAGAUAGAACAAGUGGAUGGCGAAACCGGUACGGAGAACAAUAAGGCACAGCAUAACUCCGCAAACCCGUUGGUAAACAAGUUUCCAGAAGUGGCAGACUAUCUAGAGCCGAGCGAAAGCAAAAACAACGAACUGCUGGAGGACAAAAAUACUCUUGGACAAAGCAACAAAAGCAGACCCAUACACAAAAAAAAAGAAAUGAAGAGCAAAAAAAUGAAAACAAAGAAAGACUUGGUAGACCAAAAGGCAACAGAGAAUCUUAAAGACACCAUGUACGUUAAAGUAGGACAAAAUGGAACAAAUGGAUUCUUAAAUUUCUUUGAUUUUAGAGAACAUGCAGUAAAAAGCAAUUUCAAGGAUCUCUUAAAUAUCAUGAAGUCCUUAAAAGUGUUUAAUAUAACCGAAACGAUUAUUUUUAUUGAGAAGUUGACACAAUCUGUGUGUGCCUCAUACUGCAUGGGCAUCACAGAUGUAUUAGAGCUAGCAAAUAAUGAUAUGCUAUUGUAUGAGAAAAUGUCAUUCCACUUCCAUAACAAUGUCAUGCUUGUCAAGAGUAAUGCAGAAUACGAACUUAGCGCCACAAAUUUUGAAAAUCUGUUAGAUUUGCUAAACAUAAAUAAAGAAACCAUACCUCUUAUUUGCCCUUGUAAAUCCUACAACAACAAUAUGAUCAGCUACUGUAAGCAGUACACAUACAGUAUGAAAGGAUAUUUUACCCAGUCGAACAACCCGGAAUACUUGGAGAAAUUUACUCCCUCUUACUUGCUGGAGCAGUUAAUACUUCUGCAGGAGAAAUUGGAUUAUAUUAAAAAGAAUGGAAAAAUGUCCUCAGAGAAGUCUGUGAAAGUUUUGGAUAGUAAGGACCUUCAGACGACGGCCUACUACCACAACAGCAGGUACUUCCCCCCCUUGAAGUCGUGCAGCGCAUCCGCCAAUGCAACUCUAAGUGGCGUCGUCGGUGGGGGAAGCGGACCUAGCCUUGGUAGUGAAUUUGAGGGAGGCAUGGAUGACGACCAUGGUCUAAGCACCAGCGAAACGUCCAGCAAAACCACCAAAUACACUACCACCACCACAGAGGAAUCACACAACGGAACCACCACCAACAACAACGGAAGUGAGGCCACUACUGACAAGCUUACAUACCCAGAUGUAGACGCACUAAACAUAUACUACAACGCCUCCCCCGUGGACCUGAAAGACAUGCAAGAUGUUAAGAACGUACUCAUUGACGAAGUGAAGUCGAAAAUAUUUUACAUAAACUCGUACCGAAUAGGAGACCAGUUUUUCCCCACGUACAGUAACCAAGGCAAAGACGAUCACGACUUGGAAAUUAUGGUGUCGGUUAAUCCUUCCAAAGUGAAUUCUAUACACCUGAUGAAUAAGGGAAGCCCCAAGUUGGGCCACUUCAUGGUGCCUAAGCUGGAGACUUUCUCCACAGACUCCAAGGGAGGAAAUAAUAAUUGUGGCAGCGGUGGAUGUAGCGGCGAUGGUGGAAACCUCGCGAAUCACAAAAUCAUGGGAAACAGUGACUGGAUUCCUUUGAAAAGCCCUCUCAACCAUGAAGACUUUUACAAUGCGAAAAAGCUGCACAUGAACCUUUUUGACCUUGAGGGGAAGAAAUUAUACGAAAAGGACAUGGACGAAAGCGACAGCGUGAAUUUGAAGUUGGGCUUUUUUGGGAAGCAAGAGAAUGUGAUGAAGGAGUCCUCAUCAGAUGCGAAGGAUCCCAACGAGGGCCAAGGAGGAAGUGCGACAGAUGGGGGAGAGGAAGCGGAAAGCGAGAACAACGUAAAUGAGAGCGACGAACAUUCUGGGGAGUGUCUCAAACUGCAGAGCAAAAUUGGAAAACCUUGCAAGCGUAAAAGGAAAAAAGCGAUAAACGUCAAGUAUUUAAUUUAUUUUUUUAAAAAUGUACAUGUAUGGAAAACGGUGGAUUAUUGCAAAAACCUAAACUACUUAGAUAACUACUUGAAGAACAUUAAUUACAACGAAGAGAUGAUAUUCCAGGAGUAUCUGGACAAAGACACGGUCAUGCUCAAAUUCGCCUCGAGCUCGAAGAACAAAUACAAAGUGGACAUGGAUUACUUCAUAUUCCUACUGCAAAAAAUUUCACUAAUUAUGUACGUGGAAGAUUUGUGUGGAAUUUUCCAAAUAGAACAAAUGAAGCCAAAUAGCAAAAUGGACAAGUACAUAGAAGACGUAGAAAACAUCCACAGCUUUAUUGAAAAACACAUUCUGUUUUCACAUGAACAAUUUGUUACCAAAAACAAAUAUGGAAAAGAAUUAUCCAUAAUUUCUACUGCCAACUUUUUUUCUUCCAAAAAGGAUAUUAUCCUAAAUAGUCAACCAUACAACAAUAUCAUAUUUAGCGAAAAGGAAAUUUAUGAAGCGCUCUACAAUUAUAUGGAAGAUGUGUUAACAGAGCGAAUGCUGAAUGCAACUUCGUUGACACCAUACGGUUUCAUUUUGUACAAACCAUCUUUAACAGAUGUAGAUGAUAUCAAAUUAAAACUAUCCCAAAAUGAAUUCAUCACAAAAUAUUCCAGAAGCGCUGUAGAUAAAUAUAUAUAUUAUGAGUACAGAAAAGUUGGAAACAGCAUUCUCCAGCAUCAUGCAGACGUCACUCCCAAAUUAAGUGAACAUUCAGAUGAACUCAAAGAAUACACUUUAAUCAUUUACAAUGAUAAUCCAUCCAUGACAAACAUUAUAAUCCAGACCACUGUUAACGUUUUGAAUAUUUCCUUUUUGCAUAGCUUGUUAGAGGUCAUUUUAGACAUUAGGGCUACUCAGCAAUUCUUUUCCUACAAGGGAAGAUUCAUCCCCAUAAACGCCUUCAUCAUUUUGGACGAGGGAGUGAACUACCUCUUCUUUAACUACGCUCCGAAUGAAAACCACAUCAACUAUAACGUGUGA